CGAGUGUGCUGUAUAUUUCAUGUGUUUUAACUAAAGGAACAAAAAUAAUGGGUGUAUGCACAGAGGUGACCAGACAAGGAAGCAACCUGUGUGGUUGUGGCAGUCUUUGUGCAAUCGCCUCCUCCUCCUGUGUCUGACAGCAACGCACACAGACGCCUUGUAAUAGGCAAAAUUGGACAGUGGUUAUGACAACAGCAAAAAGACUUUACACAGAAUUUAGGCACUCAUAUGCAUUCAAGAUAAGCAUUAUCUGCACUAUCUUCAAGAUAUUUCUCAGAAAAACUGACACAUUGUGAAAUCUUUAACCCCUGAAGUGAGAAAGAUCAUGUGAAGUGACUUAAGGACCUGCAUCUGCUCUGAUGUCGUAUUUCUGCACUGGAGUACUCAGCAGUUAGUUCCUCCCUGGCCACAAGAUGGAACACAUCGCCCCUCAGACCACAGUUUCUUCAACCUUGACUUCAACCUUAGAAGUACCCUCAACCUCUACGAACACGAGCUCUGUGACAGAAAACCAGGACUACCAUCCAUUCCUCCUGAGUGUCUACAUCAUGGUGUUAAUCAUCGGGACAAUCUGCCUGUGCCUGACCAAGCUGACUACAAAACCAGCCUCCCCCACCACCAUCGCUGUACUCAACCUCAUCUUCAGUCACUUCAUCUUCCUCCUCACUGUGCCCUUCCGAAUUUACUACUAUUCAGUUCAUGACUGGAGUCUUGGGCUGACGUUCUGUAGAGUGAUCAGCAGCAUGAUCCACGUCCACAUGUAUAUGUCUUUCCUCUUCUACGUGAUCAUCAUCAUCACACGCCUGCUUGCCGUCUGACCACAAAACUCAACGCCUGCCAUCAUGUGGGAGCCUGGAUCCAAAGCAUUUUGCGAUUCUUGCAGUACUGUUGUGUGGAUUGUGGUGUUGGUUGCUGUUCCAUGUGUGGUCUCUACAGUCUAUGGCACAAAGGUUGACCUGAUUAAGAGCACCAAUGGAACAGGACACUGCUUUAGGUUUGCCAGUAACAUAGACUUCACAGCCAAGGUGUUCAACUACAUUGUAAGCACAAUCAUCAUAGUGGUGACCGUAGUACUGACAGCCCUGCAAGCCAAAGUCUUUCUGGGUAUUAUGUCUAAAGGCCCCUUAGACAUAGAAUUCAGAUCUGCGCGGAGAAGCAUGUGUUUUGCCCUCAUUAUGAUGGUUUCCUUUAUCCCCUACCACAUAUUCCGCCUGUAUUACUUGCAACAUCUGGAUCUAGAGAACCUCAAUGAAGUGUUUCUGAGUCUGACCACUUUAAACUGUCUGGACAUGCUCACUUUCCUAGGGAAAAGAUCAAGACCCUGUCAAAUCUGUUGCUAGAUGUAUGGGAGGGGAAGGUAAAGAGCAUUUUUUAGAGAAUUGACUUUCAUUUGUAAGUUAAAGGAGAACAUAUUAUAUAAUGUGCUAAUAUUAAAAUGCAUCACAUCAUCAACUGCUCCGAAAAAAUAAGUAAUCAGGUGUAAAAAUUGCACCUUCGCUUUAUUUUUCACAUAGAAUUAUUUGACCCUCAAAGACCUGGAACAGCUACCAGCAACGAAAGCAUCUACUGAUACAAAAUGUCUGAUAAAUGUUGAACCGCUAAUUCUAUUCAAUACACGUAAAUAAUUCAUGUAAAAUGCAGUUUCUCAGCUUUUCACCGUCAUUAGAUAUGACUCUUGUGGAUGUUCCACAGGUUCCAUUGUGAACAUGGAAACACCAUAAUUUUCUCCAACACUGAUUCACCAGUAAAACCCAUUUAGUCUGAUAAAUAACAGUGUAUAUAGGCACACAUUUUUAUCUUCAGUUAAUGAUAUAUUUUGCCAAAAAAGUCUUCACUGUUUUGAUUUAAUAACGGUUUCACUAUACUGAGGUCUGACUACAUGAUCAGUAAACUAAAUAUUAGAAAACACCAGAUUUUUACUGAAAAAAUUGCAAAUGCAGAAGAUAAUGUUAUAAUAAAUGUUGAUAAAUCAUUUAGAGGAGAAUAAUUAGUUUGGAAUUCUAAGAAGUUCUAAGUCUUUAAGGGUUAAAUAACAAAAUAAGGAUUACAUUUGUGUAUUAUUCAUGCUUCCUGUCUUAACAAACUGUUCAGUUUAAGGUUUUGAACAUUUAUUAUUUCUACUCUCAUCCUGAGAAUAUACGUUAUACAAACUGUUUAUGCUACUAGUUUUCAGUCAUCUUUAUUGAUUUAUUUAUCCAGUGUUCUGCUAGAUCAGUCUUCUUGCUUUUGUUCAAAUGUUUAUGAUAUUAAUAGUGUUUGUGUAUAGCUGUAUUUUUAUGAUGUUUUUUUAUGAUUGAAAUAUUAAAA